UCAGCUUCCCUCGUCGCGCUCGCAGCUCAAACUCCUCUCUACUCUUCCUCCCCAGACUCUCGCCCUCAUUCUGACCUGAACGCGGGCUUGGACGGUCGGCCUUGUCCCCGACCAAAAGGGCUGGACCGUUAAAUGCUGCCGUGCCGAUCAUGAUAUCAGUUUGGUAUACUUACCAGCGAGCACGAGAUUUGGGGAUCCAAAAGAUUGAAUGAUCCUCUUCUCUAAAUAUGGCUAGCACUCGUGAUUCUCACUCUUACGCUUGCGAUGAAUGCCGAUUACGGAAGUCCAGGUGCUCCAAAGAGAAACCUACAUGUGCACAAUGCAGGCAACUGCACAAGGAAUGCAACUACAGUCCUAAAAUCACCAGAAGUCCCCUGACAAGACAACAUUUGACAUAUGUAGAAGAUCGCUUGCACGCGUUUGAGACGGCCCUGGGGAGGCUUUUCCCUGGGGGCGAUCUGGAUGCGACGGUUCGCUCUCUUCUUCAUGACCAGGACGGGCCACCAAAACCGGGUUCCUCAUCCAAGUCAUCAUCCAGACACUCCACUCCAGCCAAGGUCGAGGCCGAUCGAGCCGAAGCCGCCCCGGAGGCACUGCCGCAACAGGCAGAUGGAUUUGACUGGGCCGAAAACAAGAUCACCGUAGGUGAUCUGACGGACGGCAUGGCGGCCUUGUCCAUCAAGCCAGAAGGAACGGGCUACUUUGGUGCUUCUUCGAGUGUCGUUCCGCUCCGAACCUUGCUCAAACAUGGCUUUGAUUUGAAUUUCCCAGCUGGGACGUCAAAGUCGAAUUACGCGGUUCCUUUGAAGUCCCAGCUGCUCAAUACUGCCCCGUCCGGUCUGGUCGAGCAAGCGUUCAUGGACGCAUUCUUCCUCAAUUAUCAUGCAAGCUACCCUUUCAUCCACGAGGGUACAUUUAGAGCUCAGUUUUACGAACAAGUACCCCGGCCACAUGGACAAGCAUGGCAGAUCCUGCUGAAUACUAUUCUGGCGCUGGGUGCCUGGUGCAUUGGUGACGAUAACUCCGACCUGGACAUCACCUUCUACCAGGAAGCACGAGGCCACUUGCAGCAAGUCUCCGUGUUCGAAACUGGAAAUCUCACUCUGGUGCAGGCGUUACUGCUCCUGAGCAAUUACGCACAAAAACGAAACAAGCCCAAUACCGGCUGGAACUUCUUGGGUCUAGCCGUGAGGAUGGCUAUGAGUCUGGGUCUUCAUAAGGAGUUUCCUGGGUGGAAAAUCAGCCUCCUCCAACGUGAGAUCAGGAGACGGUUGUGGUGGGGAGUAUACAUCUUUGAUAGCGGUGCGGCGAAGACAUUCGGCCGGCCCAUCCUAUUGCCUGAAGAUAGCGUUAUGGACGCAAAGCAUGUCCUGAACAUUCAUGAUGAGGCUCUCACACCUGCCACCACUACGCUGCCCCUCGAAGUCACCGAGCCAACUCUUUAUACGGGGUUGAUUGCCCAAACCCGUUUCCAUUUACUCACCAACAGCGUCUAUCAACGUCUCAUCUCCGGCCCCAGUCUCACGGCGGAAGAAACGUUGGGCCUACAGAAGCCCAUGGAGGAGUGGUACAACGGACUCCCCGACUACUUCAAACAGCCGCCCCUACCGGUAUCGGACACUUUUGCUCUCGUCCGCAACCGCAUGAUGUGGCGGGACUGGAACUUGAGAAUCCUUCUAUAUCGCCCCGUUCUCCUCCGUUGGGCAUCACGAAGAUGGACGCAGAACUCUGCCUCGGAGCCCGAAGAUCCUUUCGAGGUGGACUGCAGAAAGCUUUGCCUGAGAAAUGCAAGACUGUCCAUCUCAUCCAUCACCGACUUUGUCAACAACCACAUUUGCACCAGACUGGGGGCUUGGUACAUGCUAUACUUCCUUUUCCAGGCGGGCUUGAUCCCGGUCAUAAUGCUCAUGACCGAUCCCACCAGUGCAGACGCCCCUGCAUGGCUUCAGGAUAUUGAAGCCACCAAAAAGCUACUCAUUCACCCUUCCCUUAGCAACAACCGCCUCGCCACCCGCUGUCUGGAAGUCGUCAACCGACUUUGUUCGCCUGCAUAUACAGGUGCCGCCACCGGCCGAACGGCGGGACAGCCGGCCCCGAUCAUGAUGCCGUUCUCCGAUCAAUUGUUCACAGAUCCGACAUUUGGCAGCAUGUUUCCUGAUGUCGACCAGGAGCUGAAUUUGAGUAGCAUGGACUUUACCGAAUGGGUGAACUUCACGCCACGACACGACUUUGUUUGACGGGGUCAUGUUUGAGCUUUGAACGGCAGAAGUGGAUCCCUGGAUCUUGUCAUUGCAAUGAAAUCUGUAAUCGCAAGUUGAUUACGUGUGAUCGUAAUGCACUAUAUGCCGAUGAACAAUGAAGCUUCAACCGACUCCUUCACUCGAUAGUACCGGGGCA